GCUCCCGCCACCUCCGCCCGCCGCCCCGGCCGCGUCGGGUAAACCUGUUCUGCGAGGCGGCCGCGCCGGGGCGGAUCGAGCGGCCGGCGGCUCCUCGCGGCUCGCGGCGUCGGGGCCCGUGGAGCGCGCGGCCGGCCCUCGGCCGCGGCCCUCGGCGGCGCCACCAUGUACUCGGGAGCCGGCCCCGUUCUUGCGUCUCCUGCUCCGUCAGCAUCACCCAUCCAAGGAUAUGCCUUCAAGCCUCCACCUCGGCCGGACUUCGGCACCUCCGGGAGAACAAUCAAACUACAGGCCAAUUUCUUUGAAAUGGACAUCCCCAAAAUUGACAUCUAUCACUACGAAUUGGACAUCAAACCAGAGAAAUGCCCGAGGAGAGUGAACAGGGAAAUAGUGGAGCACAUGGUCCAGCACUUUAAGACCCAGAUCUUCGGGGACCGGAAGCCAGUGUUUGAUGGAAGGAAGAAUCUGUACACUGCCAUGCCCCUUCCAAUCGGCAGGGACAAGGUGGAACUGGAGGUCACGCUGCCGGGAGAAGGCAAAGACCGUAUCUUCAAGGUGUCCAUCAAGUGGGUGUCAUGUGUGAGCCUGCAGGCGCUACACGAUGCACUUUCGGGGCGGCUGCCCAGCGUCCCUUUUGAGACGAUCCAGGCCCUGGACGUUGUCAUGAGGCACUUGCCAUCCAUGAGGUAUACCCCUGUUGGCCGCUCCUUCUUCACUGCAUCUGAAGGCUGUUCCAACCCCCUGGGCGGGGGCCGAGAAGUAUGGUUUGGCUUCCACCAGUCGGUUCGACCAUCUCUUUGGAAAAUGAUGCUGAAUAUUGAUGUGUCAGCCACAGCGUUUUAUAAGGCACAGCCGGUGAUCGAGUUCGUCUGCGAAGUUUUGGAUUUUAAAAGUAUUGAAGAGCAACAAAAACCUCUGACAGAUUCCCAAAGGGUAAAGUUUACCAAAGAAAUUAAAGGUCUAAAGGUGGAGAUAACGCACUGUGGUCAGAUGAAGAGGAAGUACCGUGUCUGCAAUGUGACCCGUCGGCCUGCCAGUCACCAAACGUUCCCGCUGCAGCAGGAGAGUGGGCAGACAGUGGAGUGUACAGUGGCCCAGUACUUCAAAGACAGGCACAAACUGGUUCUGCGCUACCCCCACCUCCCGUGUUUACAAGUUGGACAGGAGCAGAAACACACCUACCUUCCCUUGGAGGUCUGUAACAUAGUGGCUGGACAGAGAUGUAUAAAAAAAUUAACAGACAAUCAGACCUCAACCAUGAUCAGAGCCACUGCCAGGUCAGCACCCGAUCGGCAAGAGGAGAUUAGCAAAUUGAUGCGAAGUGCGAGUUUCAAUACAGACCCCUAUGUUCGCGAAUUUGGCAUCAUGGUCAAAGAUGAGAUGACAGAUGUGACAGGACGGGUUCUGCAGCCUCCCUCCAUCCUCUAUGGGGGCAGGAACAAAGCGAUUGCCACCCCUGUCCAAGGUGUGUGGGACAUGAGAAACAAGCAGUUCCACACAGGCAUCGAGAUAAAGGUGUGGGCCAUCGCCUGCUUCGCACCCCAGCGCCAAUGCACUGAAGUCCAUCUGAAGUCCUUCACAGAGCAACUAAGGAAGAUCUCGAGAGAUGCCGGGAUGCCCAUCCAGGGUCAGCCCUGCUUUUGUAAAUAUGCCCAGGGGGCAGACAGUGUGGAGCCCAUGUUCCGGCAUCUGAAGAAUACCUACGCUGGUCUUCAGCUGGUGGUCGUCAUCCUACCCGGCAAGACUCCUGUGUAUGCUGAAGUCAAGCGUGUGGGAGACACGGUGCUGGGGAUGGCCACACAGUGUGUGCAGAUGAAGAACGUGCAGAGGACCACGCCACAGACUCUGUCCAAUCUCUGCUUAAAAAUCAACGUCAAACUAGGAGGCGUCAACAACAUCCUGCUGCCACAGGGCAGGCCUCCAGUGUUCCAGCAACCUGUCAUCUUCCUGGGAGCCGAUGUCACCCACCCGCCAGCUGGGGAUGGAAAGAAACCUUCGAUCGCUGCCGUUGUGGGCAGCAUGGACGCACACCCCAACCGCUACUGCGCCACCGUGCGUGUACAGCAGCAUCGACAGGAGAUCAUCCAGGACCUGGCUGCCAUGGUGCGGGAGCUGCUCAUUCAGUUCUAUAAAUCGACACGCUUCAAGCCCACCCGCAUCAUCUUCUACAGAGAUGGUGUCUCUGAAGGCCAGUUCCAGCAGGUCCUCCAUCAUGAGCUGCUGGCCAUCCGAGAGGCCUGCAUCAAGCUGGAGAAGGACUAUCAGCCAGGGAUCACAUUCAUCGUGGUGCAGAAGCGCCACCACACACGCCUCUUCUGCACAGAUAAGAAUGAGCGGGUUGGGAAGAGUGGGAACAUUCCAGCAGGCACAACCGUAGACACAAAAAUCACCCAUCCGACUGAAUUUGACUUCUACCUGUGCAGUCACGCCGGCAUCCAGGGGACAAGCCGGCCUUCUCACUACCACGUGCUUUGGGAUGACAAUCGUUUCUCGUCUGACGAGCUGCAGAUCCUGACCUACCAGCUGUGUCACACCUACGUGCGCUGCACACGCUCUGUGUCCAUACCGGCGCCAGCCUACUACGCUCACCUGGUGGCCUUCCGCGCCAGAUACCACCUGGUGGAUAAAGAACAUGACAGCGCUGAAGGAAGCCAUACCUCUGGGCAGAGCAACGGGCGAGAUCACCAAGCCCUGGCCAAAGCGGUCCAGGUCCACCAGGACACACUGCGCACCAUGUACUUUGCUUGACAUGUUGUAGUGUUUAGCGAUUGUGUACCAAGUUGGAUUCACACGAGACCAGCUACACUCAGACCAACAGAUGCCCAGCCCUUCCGUGACAGCCAGCAUCGAACAUGAGACGUCUUUGGUUUUAUUAGAUCCUCCAUUUUCCAGAAUGCCUUCUGUCCCAGAUUUCAAACUUGGAUUUUGAGCUGCAGGCCUGUAUGAGACCCCAUUGUAGGAAACGUGGUUUGCCAAAACCUAUAAGCUGCUCACUGAAAGAGUCCCGUGUUUCCUAAAAACAAAACAACAAAAUGUCCUCAAAGCAGUCUAUGAACUCUCAGGGCUUUAAAACAUUUUUAAUUUAUUUGGUCAUUCGAUUUACUCGUUUUUAACACCUGAUUCGCAAUGAAACCGCUGGGCUCUAACUAGCUGUGAAGGCUCUGAGCGUGAAAGCAACACCAUCACCACUGGGGUUUUAAAGCCUGACCCUAAGAAGUUGUCACUAAUGUUGUUCUAGGGGUGCCACGUGCUCUGCAGCCCCGGGGCAGGUGGCUGCUUGGUAUCCAUGGUGUUUCUCGCCUGCCACUGCCUGCCCUCGAGGCCUGAACGAAGGCAUAGUGGCAGAGGACAGUCACGUGUGUUUGCAGCAGUGACGGGUCCGAGAGAUUGGCAGACAAGUGCCAUUUUGAUAAAAAUUUAUUUAAAAAGAGAAAAAAAGACAAUAUACUGACAGUCUAAUCAUAAGAUUUGUCCUGUAGGACUGUGACAUUUAUUUUCCAAAGUUUCUAAAGAAUACGGGUCUGUGGUGGUAAAUACAGUACAAUCCUUUUUCACUGUUAUGUCUUUAAUGUAAGAGAAGAAUAUAUAUAUCUGGUUUGCAGUAUUAAAUGUGGUAGGUAGAUGCUGUUUUCCUUUUGUUGACUAUGGGGUGCUUCUUGUGACCUGUUUCCCAUAUCAGGAGCUGUUUGGAGCCUGGAGACAGGCCACCUCUUGUGGCUUUUAGUGCUUACGUAGAAGAAUAUGCAACUGGCUUCAUGUGACAGCGAUGCACCCCUCCUUCUUCCCCCUCCCCAGUGUGGACUGUGUAGCCUGUACCUCUGGGAAGGACAGUGUGCUUGCCAGUAAUUUGCCGUCCUCCCCUGCCUCAUCCAUGUGUAUCGCUCAGCCGAUGAAGCACAAAUGGAUUUUAUUUAUUCUUCCAUUGCUGGGGAACAAGCUCUCAUCAGAGUGCACCUCUCUCUGGGUGCAGUCUGGAAGAUGGCUUUCAUAGGAUCUAUGCACUGAAAUGGAGAGAGAGCUGCCGAUGGUGGCUCUGCUGGCAUGGGAUGGGCCGGUAGGAGGAGCUGGCGGUGGGCAAGGCCAGCAGGGAAAGCACAGACUGCUCUGGGUGGUAUUUGCUUCUGGGCCCCAACCUGGCUUUGCCAACCUAGAGACCACUGAACUGAGAAGGAACACUAUGCGUGGUUCUGUAGGUGGCAGCAGCCACUUCAGUGUGUGUGUCCAGUGGGACUCUUCGUGCUUGUCCUGAAGCUGAGUGAGAAUCGGGUCCGCGUUCCACACACAAGUUCCCGGUAGGAACCGGGCCUCCUCUUCCUUGCUGCUUUGUGCUCUGUGGGUUUUCUCUGCCCCUGCUGAUGGUCCUCACCCCCCCCCAACUCUGUGUGAUUUACCUCUGACCCUGCGGUGGAGGGAGGGAGGGAGGGUGCCCACCCUGCCCCCCACCGUGGUUGGCACCUCGUGCUAGAGGACACAGUGCCACCACUGCCCAUCAUCCACCUGCUCUGCAUCUGGUGGUGGGGCAGACACAGUGACCUGGGAAGUCAUACCCUCAGCGGGGUGUGUGUCUGUGUGCAUGUGGGUGUCUUACUAAUGACAUUAGUCUCUUCUUGCUGUGUCUUUAAAAAUCUUUUAACGUGACAAACCUCGGUCUCAGAAGCACUGGGGCUGCCCGCUAUCCCAUUGGCAAGUGGAACUUUCUCAGACUGUUUCGAAAAGGAUAUAAAAACACUUUAACUCACUAAGCACGGUCAGGCUGAAAAACUUGUUCAGCUGGUAAACUUUUAGAAUCUGAAAUUAGAUUGUUUUUCAGCUAUCCUUAAAACCAUAUGUCUCACUGGGUGUCAUGGCGCACGCCUUUAAUCCCAGCACUUGGGGGGCAGAGGCAGGCGGAUCUUUGUGAGUUUGAGGCCAGCCUGGUCUACAGAGUGAGUUCCAGGACAGCCAAAGAUACACAGAGAAACCCUACUCUAAAACCAAAAAAAUAAUAAUAAUAAUAAUAAUAAUAUAAAAAAUAAAAAAAUUAUAAAAUACAAAAAAAAACCAUAAAGACCAUGUCUCAAAGGUGUGUCCUUAGCCCCUUGCCAUGGGAUCUCAGUCAUGCAAAUGAGUGUGCUAGAAUGCAGAUUCUCAGGCCUGCUGCUAGCCUUUUGGAUCUGGCGCUUGCAGCCGGCUGGGCAUCUGUGUUUUAGCCCCCUAUCCCCACCCCCAUGUGUCUGGAGGCUUUCUGAGGUAGUCCCUCAUGAGGCCAAGGGAGCAGGAAGGAACCUGCCUGAGCUCACACCUAGGAGCACUGUGAGCUGGGGAGGACAUCUGAGAUGGGAAUUUUGUUUGUUUUGAUCAUCUUGAAGGAUAAGUUUUCUUUUUGAUGGGCUAAAGUACUUGAGGAAAGUGCUUUCUUUGGCCCACGCUUAUUUGUGACACUUUGAACAUGAAAACCUUCCCCAGACCAAACACCCCUGAUUGGGUUUAGGUACACAUCGUCCACACGUCCCAUGGUGCAGUUCAUAAAUGGCUGGAGUUCCAAUUUCUCAGGUAAAUAAUUGUUUCCCCCAAUUUUUUUGCCCUCCCCUUAUUAGCAUAAAUUUUGAGGUAGUGAGACCUCAGUCUUCUGUGGGAGCCAGUUCUCAGACUGCACCUGCACCUACAGCUGGCGACAGGGGCCGCUAGCUCCUGAAGUAUCUCCUUGUGGGAGAAACUUGGCCAAGGUUGAGGUGCCCACUAGCUAGCUGUGUUCCCAACCCCACUGAUAAGUAAGGUGUGCCUUGCUUUAAGCAAACUGAAUGUGAUUAUGUUGUUAUGCUCUGUAUCCAUUUGGAAGGGAAAUUAGGAUGUGCCUGUCUCUAAGAGAGGCUACCUGAUCAGACUCCCAUGCUGGGACUCUUCCUAGUAUAUUGUAGGAUAUUUACUUUUCAAAAACCAGUCAUGACUUCAAUCCCUUCACCACUGUGUGCACCAUGCAGCAAAUUCUCGCCUUGCUGAUGAAGCAGUUCAAAACUCUAGGGAGACCACAAGGCCCCAUUGUGUAGAUGAGCUCUUAAUACUAUCAAAACUCCCAUCCUGUCACAACGCGUUCCCAGCCUAGAUUGUCUUAGUUCCCGUUGGCCCUGAAGCUCAGCCUACCUGUACUUCUAGAAAGGGGCUGUCUGGGGAUGGCCUCACAUGCACACUUGAUACUCUUUGGUCCAUUCUGCUUUCCCCAGAUUUGGCCUCUUCACCACUCCUCACACCCACCAGCUUACUGGCCUCUAGGCCACAGGGCACUGCCAGUGGGGAAGCUGCUCGCUCCAUGCUGUCUGCAGCUGACCCAACACCUGUUUUCCUAAUGUUUACCUGUUACUGAGCGCUCGACAGAAAGACAGCCCCAGCGGUGGGGUUGGGCAGGGUUUUUUUGUUGUUGUUAGAUAUUAUUUUAUUAUUUUUAAGUGCAAAUGUUGCUAUUUAUUUUCUCUCUCCUGCUCUGGUUUGAUUCGGCUGAGUUGGCUGUCCCAAUGCAUGUAGUACCUGAUGGACAUGGUAGAGAUUGUUUCCCCUAACUUUUAUAAAUGACCCAAUGUUUACCUUCGGGCUUGCGGAUGCUUUAUUUUUGGAAGCCACAGAUGUAGUUUUUCUGGAUGAAUUGUUUUUCUUAUAGAUGCAGCAGUAUGCUUUUGUAUUGAUCUGCAGGGUGAUUAUAAUUUUAUUUUUACAAGCAGUUUUUCAAUCAAAUUCUAUAUUUGAUACAAUGUGUUAAGGGUAGACCGGCCCCGAGUCAUGCAGCUGGGACCCUUGAGUGUCCAGGAGGCCUUAGGGCUGGGUGACCUCUCUUGGCCCUGUGGUGGUAGCACUGGCUGGUCACAGGAACCUUCAGGGUCCUUCAGCCAUGUCCCUGACCUUUUGGAUUGUUACAAGGAUUUUUCAUGGGCAUUUUGCUAUGUGGGCAGUGGACAAUCCCUGUGGCCCCAGACAAGCCAUAAGCAACCUUUCUGUGACCUCCCUGACUCAUUUCUACACCCCUGAAAAAAGGAAUGUGCCCUAAGUAGAAGUUACACUCCCUUGGUGUUCAUACGCCUCAUUUGCAAAUGUAAACACUUUGUUUUAAGCCCUUCCCCACAGUAACCAUGCUGCCUGGCUCACUGCAGGCAGUGCGCUAGCUUUGUUCUGGGUGCCCUGUUGCAGACCCGCUGGCUCCUGGAAGUUGCACUGAUCUUGCGACAGUUUAUUUACUGCAUCCAACUCCAUAUCUGCUGUACUCGUUGAAGUGAUUGUAAACAGAUUCACAGUGGCAGGAGUUGAUGUUUAUGUGGGACAUUGCCUUGCUUCUGCGAUCCCAACACACAUUUCAGUAUUAUAUGCUAGAGUGUGCAGACUGGACUCUGUUCUCUCAAGCAUUGUGGACUAGACUUGUCUUGUUUUCGGACAAGAAGUUCACCUCUGAACAGGACAGCAUGCUCUCUGAGACCUGAAGGCUUGAAUGUAAAUGGAUUAGUUAGGCGUCUUUGUGGCGCUUUUGGUCUGUUUAGUUUUCUUGUGAUCUGCCAGGCCCCCAGAACUAUGUCAUUCUAGUCCUGUGGCCUUUGUCAGCUUGGAUGACAUCAGAAUGGCCCAGCCAGUGUUAACGGGCCAUCGCUGCAUUUCUUUGACCAGCCCUCAACUUAAAGCUGUGAGGUCACUGCUGUGUCAGACUGUCGUUUAUGGUGCAUCGAUGGAUGGCAGGGACAUCUGAAGCCCGGUGCAGCCCCUCAUGCCUUGUGACCCUGCUGGGUUCUAAGUACAGGCUCUCUCUAGUCAGCCCCACAUAAACUGUCUGUGGUCAGGGUACCCAGUGUCUGAAACAAAAGGAGCUUUUACAUUCAAACCGCUCUGUGUGUGUGUGUGUGUGUGUGUGUGUGUGUGUGUGUGUGUGAUGUCAGUGCCAUUGCAGAGCCCUCACCUUGUGUCUUUUGGAUUUGUUCUGCCAUUUAUUGUCUCAAGUUGAAUGUAUCGGCUUAGCCAAAUCACUACAGAAGGUGGUUUCUCCAAACCUUUUAGACAGAUGCAUAAAAGCUACCUCUGACUUCUCAUUGGUUUAUGUUUGCUCUGAAGCACCGCUAUCCACACUGAAUAUAGCCAAAAUAUCGCCUGAAUCAACUGAGUUGUGAACUCUGUUCAGCUCUGGCUUGAAAAUGUGUGUGCCAUACUGUGACCUGGGGCGGCCCCCUCCGCUAUCGCUGACCAGGGAUAACCUCAACACCGCCCAGCUACAAGAUUCUAGCACCUGAGAGGCUGGCAGAAGGGCUUCUCUGCAUGGGGAACGUACAUCCUCCAGGCUGUUGGGAGCGACUCCGUGCAGGGCUACUUGUGGCUGAGCCUGGAGGCAGCCUGUUCCUGCCUGGUUUUGCAUCUUUUCCCCUGCUUGCUUACUUAUGAAUGGGUUCCCUGCUCUCUCCUUCCUUUUUAUACACUAUAAACUCUUAAAGGUGCUCCAACACCGACUCGUGCAGAUAAUGUAUUUAAAGCGGUUGCAUGGAUUCAGACGGUACAGGCAUAGCUGACUUUUGAUCUUGGGACCUUCCUUGUGUUUUGAAAGCGAAGGACUGAAAGCUCUGUGCUCUCUCGCCCUAGGCCCUCAGAUGGAGGGAGUAAUGGGCUCUGUUUGAGUACAAGUCCCCACUAGUGUUUGACAGUGCAUGUCUGACUUAGACAGAUCUCCUGUGGUUGACCACUUUGCUGUCCAGAAGGCCAUCCUUAUACAUCAUGGCUCUACCUUCAUCCCUUUGGCCCCUCUCUUAAAGUUUCCUUGGCCUCAUUUUGAAAAGUCAGCAUAAUAAGCUCCCAGAUUCCUCCACUAAUUGACUUAGGAAAUCGUGAGCACAGCUGGACAGUGUCAUGAAGGCAGGUGCCUGGGUAUUGAGGGGGAUGUGGAGGGGCCUCUGCCAAAUGUCUUUGCAUCCCUCCUCUCUAGUUCUAAUGCAUUGUUGGGGGUGGGGUGUCACCUUCCAUUCUUUUGACCUGGACAGCUCACAGAGGCAUGGCGUGUGAGCAUUUGUGGCACCCGGGUUAUUUGGAUACUCUGGCUUGGCUGAGGGUUUGGUGAGAAUCCAGGGAGGCACAGGGCUCCAGACAUGCUCUGUCUGGGGCCUCACCCAGGUACAGUGGUAUGAGCCACAGUCCUCAGAGGGCACCAGCAAGAGGAACCUUCCCUCUUCUGAGGGAUACCAAGCAACCUAAAGCCCUGGCCACUGCAGUCUUGAGGGCUAAAAGGUUGAAAAGGGCUCCUGUUUUUGUUUAGAGCUGCCUUUAUUUGAGUUCGUUUAAAGCUGAGGCACCAGACAGUAAGUACCUUCUUCCCUGAGGGGGUCACCAGAAAGCAAGUGUGGGAACCUUCCUCAUUCAGUUCUUCCUGCCUCUUCAAGCUCCUUAAUAUCGGUGUAGUCACAAGAACACUUGACACCAGCUACCAGCAGAGUGAGGUACACCUGUGGGGACAGGUGGUAAUGGCCGCUGGAGGUUGAAGCGGGGCAGGCCCUCCAUCCUGCACCGCAGGUGGCUCCGGCCUGCCUCCAGACACUGGCUGUACUGUCUGGAUACCCAGUCCACACCUUGCAACCCUAAAGCCCUGAGUCGUGCAGGGGCUAAUCUUUAGUUGACCCUACCCAAGGAGCUGUCACUCCUCAGUUCCUCCUUGCAAACUGUGAUGCCGCCCUGCAGCCAUAGAGGCACCCUUAGUCCCAUCCUGGGUCUUUUGUGCCCUCACACGUAGGCUCGCCUUUUGCUGGGGUUUGAGGUCAGGUCUUGCGUUCUCUGCCCCUCAGCACGACCGUCUGUUGUAGAGGAAGUAGGUUUAGAGGGAAUUGGAAUCGUGUCUUUGUGAAUCUGUGUGACGUCUUCAGGCGGAAGGUGCUAUUUGGUCCUAAUGGUGUUUUGGAAUGCUUUUUCAUUGUUGUUACUCUGUUCUAUGACGUGGGGGGAGACUGCUCACUUAUGUGUGGUGUCACUUAAACCGAAAACAUAGGACUCCAGCUUUGACAUGCCUAUAGUGUAAUUCUUAUCUCUGACCUCGAGCUAGGGAUGAAGCGGUUUCCUAGCCUGGUCUCAUUAAAACCACCCUCCCUGUCAAGGGAUGUUUUUGUUGGUUUUAACAGGGGAAGUGAUAUGCUCUUUUUGUUUUGUUUUGGUUUGGGUUUUUUUUUUUUAAUUGCAUAGAAAAGGCCUUUGUCUGUGAAGCACUGGCUGUGGGUGGAUAAUACAUUAACAAUAACAAUUUUGGUUUCUCUUUAAAACCAAAUAGACCAAUGUGAUUAAACCCUGAAAGGGUACAAUUCCCCAUUAAAUUGGAAUUUGAGUCCUGGGUUUGGAAAAGAAUUUUAGUGUAGUUGUUAAAAGUUAAGAAUUUAUAACUGUAGGAGCAAAUGAGUUUUUGUUUAACAACAACAAAAAAACAAAAGGUUGUAAGAGAAUAAUUAUAGACUUCUGUGCAACAAAGUGUCUACCGCCUCAAAUGCAGGAAGAGAAUGUAGCCCUGAACCCAGACUCUUACCUCUCAUACUUCAGAUUAUCUGCCUAAUGUGUAUUGAGGGGUUUAACCCUGGGUUUUAUCAAUUUUUCUAGUUUUAUUUUAUUUUUAUAAAAUAAUUGAAAAAGAACCAAAAAUGAAUUCAGAAGUUCCCCUGUGGCUCCUCGCCGAGUCUUAUUCUCCCACACACACACUGAAGCAUUUUUUGAAGACAUUUUGAAUCAAAAUGUAUUACAUCCAUUUAAACAUUUGCUACUUUCUGAGAAGUGGAGUGGCUCCAAGGGCCUGUUUCAGGUGGUACUCUGUAUGUCAUGGACAUGUUUGUACCUGUACAGUGGAUCUGUGUGACGAUGUCUUGUGCUUGCGGUUUAGAAACCACGCAGUGCUGUUUUGUAAAUUGACAGUUCCUGUGUAAACUAUUAUUUAUGACCCUUGGCCCCUCUGUAUAAUUUUUCAUUUGCUACAUGGAUUGUAUAAUUAAUUAUAAAAUUAUAGUACCUGCUAAACCCAACUUUGAGGCUUCAUGUCAUUGUCUUCAGUCUGAUGCCAGUCUUUGGAUCGUCAGGAUGCCCAGGCCUUGCUUGAUACCAGUAGUGAUGUCACUUUAAAUUAAGCCUUAAUCAGAUAGUGAAUUUAUACAUUUCAGAGUAUGCAAAAAAUAAAAAAAUAGGCAGAUGCGUUUCAACUGUCCAGAUCCAGAUGCUCAAUCGUAACUCCAGCACGUGCUCCCUCUGGAGUUAAAGGGGUCACUGCCAGGGUUACAUUCUCCCCUCAUUUGUGCUCUCCGGCUUGGCUUGAUGGGAACAGGUCGGUCAUGUGCGUUUCUGUACCUGUCUGGCUAGAGACCUCAGCAGGGUCAUCUUCAAACGCCUGGUUCUCUCCUCCAGUCUGAGAUGAGCCUUGGCUGCUGGGAACACGACUGAGGCAUAGGUUUUCCCAGCCUGCUCCUAGGCCAGGCUCUCAGCGGGCACUGCCACCUGUCACUGCUUCUGCAUAAAUCACAACAGAUUUUUGUUUCUGUAAAAGCAUCUUCAAUCUUGGGAUAAGAUAGAGGGGACCCAGCUUUCUUUACAAUGUGGAUCUACCUCAGUUAAACAGUUGGGUGCUAUUUACUAAGUCUGUCAAAUUAAAUUGGAAAAUGUAACCAAACAGUGGGACGUAACUAACUCCACAUGAAACUUGAAAUCAUCGUUUCCGUUUAUUUAAUGAUAUUUUUUAUUUAUUUUGUGCCUUUUCUGUUAACCCUAAUACAUUUUUGAAAUUCAGAAUAGUCAUUUUCUCUUGCAAGUGGGGAGCCCCGCCUGAUCAUGCCAGUAUCCCAUCUGACUGCUCUCGUUGUUAUUGGGAUCCCAACCUGCCUUUUUGGAAAAGGGAGGGGGGAAAAUAUGUCCAAGAGCAAAUUUUACACAAACAUUAUUCACAUAACAUACCCCAGCUAUUCUAUGCAUGUGUUCAUAGCUGUCACUUCAUUUCUGUGCCAUUGAAGAGGCACACACACCCAAAAAUAGAUACCCCAAGUACUUGUUUCUGCUUUUUU